AUGCAGAGCAUAUGGGUGGGUCACUGCCUGCCAGUCUUCUCUUGUGCCAACGAGCUCGAUGCACCAUCCCUGUUGCCAUCUGUGAGCCAAGGUGGUCGUAGAGCAGGCGGGAGUGGUGUUGGUGGUGCGGGCGGCACUGGCAGUGGUGCGGGUGGCGCGGGAAUGAAUGGUGCCGGUGCUUUGGGCGGCUGUGACGCUAUUAGUGCGGGCUGCAGUGGCGCUGUUGGUGCGGGUUGCAGCUAUGCUAUUAGUGUGAUCUGCGAUGGUGCUGAUGCUGCGGGAGGCAGAAGUGCCAGUGACAUGCGAGGCAGAAGUGCCGGUAGUGCGGGAGGCAGUGGUGGUGGUAGUGCAGGCGGGAAUGGUGCGGGUGGUGCGGGCAGCAGUGGUGCUAUUAGUGUGGGCUGCAGAAGUGCUAGUGGCGUGCGAGGCAAAGGUUCCGGUAGUGCGGGAGGCAGUGGUGGUGGAAGUGAGGGCGGGAAUGGUGCGGGUGGUGCGGGUGGUGGUGGCGGUGGCGCCUGUAAUGCGGGUGGCGGUGGUGGCGGUAGAAUUGGCAGCAGUGGUGCUGGUAACAUGGGUGGUAGUGUUAGAGACUAA